GCGGGCAGUUAUCGCGCGACUGCCGUAUUGAGCGCGCGUUCUCGGUUCCGCGACAAAAAAUGACCAUUUCGAUUUAAAAAAAGUUUUUUCUUUUUUGGGAUUAUUUUUCUAAAAACAAUGGAGCAUCAGAAGUUAGAAAACAUGGCGUCGACAGCCCUUAUGUUGCCAAAAGAAAAUGGGGAUGAGAAGGUAGUGAUUUUGACGCCAGGAAAUGGUGUUGGGAAGAUUUUGAUCAGGGAGGACACGAUCCUGGCCAACUUGCAAGGUUGUGCUGGAUGUGGCAAGGCGCAGUUCACUUGUGGUGGAGGCUCCAAACGAUGGUCUGCCCUUUGUUGGGGGAGGCAGUCCGAUAGGAAAUAUUACUGCUUGUUAACUUUAUUAUCUGCGACGUUCGUGCUGAGCCUCAUUGGAACUAUAUUCUUCUGUUUCACGAAUACGAUCAACGAUGCUAUAUUAUCUAACAUGGUCAUCCGGAACAACUCUCUAGCGUUUUCAAUAUGGCAACGCCCUAACGUCAAUCCUCUUAUGAAAGUUCACAUCUUCAACUACACGAAUUGGGAGCGCGUACGCAGCGGGCAAGAUGAGAAAUUAAAAGUAGAAGAUGUCGGCCCUUAUGUUUACUCCCAGCAGCUGGAGCGAGUGAACAUCAAGUUCUGGAAGGACCAGCUGAGCUUCCAAGAACGUAACCACUUCAAAUUCUUACCCGACAAGAGCGCAGGCGCGCACUUCGAUAAAAUCAUCGUACCCAAUCUACCACUACUAGGUGUGGUGUCAAAGGCAAUAGACAUGAAUGUGAACAGCCUCUCGCAGAGUGCUCUCAACUACGCCUUGACCUUCGCCGUUAACCAUCCUAAUGCCUUCAUUGAACUACCGGUUGCAAGAUUUUUAUGGGGUUAUGAUGACACCAUCAUCGAUACAGCCAAACCGUUCCUGUCUCUGCAGGGGAAGCUGAACUUCGACAAAUUUGGACUCCUAGUUACUAAAAACGGCACGGUGUCAGAUCGCCUCACCAUCAACACAGGCGAAAAUGACAAGGACAGAAUGAACAUGAUCCAGAGACUGAACGGUGAAGACAGACUGCCCUACUGGGGUAGCCAGGAGUGUAACAGUAUCGAAGCAUCAGACGGGUCGAUCUUCCCCCCACUCCUGCUGGAUAGGAAGACUCCCCUACACGUGUUCUACCCCAACCUGUGCAGACGACUACCCUUCAAGUACGACAGAGACAUUGAGGUGGCAGAUGGCAUUCAACUCUUGCGCUACAGGAUGCCACAAAACGUGUUCGACGACCCUGCCCACAACCCAGCGAACCAGUGCUACUGUGAGAUAGACACGGGUGUCUGUCCCCCUCGCGGCGUCAUCAACGUAACCGCCUGCGCCAUGGGUGCACCAGCGUUGGUGUCAUUCCCACACUUCAACCAGGCUGACCCCGAGCUCAGGGAGCAGGUCCUGGGCAUGCAUCCGGACCCGGAGAAGCACGACAACUACCUGGACGUCCAUCCGACCCUUGGCAUUGCCCUUAGUGGUAAAUCCAGUUUACAAUUCAACAUCCAAGUGAGAAAGACUCCGAUGUUUUCGUCACUCAAUUUCUUACCCCACGGACUAAUAUUACCCAUAGCUUGGGUUGAAAUGAGCGUCGAAGAGUUACCGGAGAGCCUACGUUCCCUGGUCUACCACGGGACAUACUCCACCGCAGCAGUCCAAUUAGGACUCAUCGUGACAUCAGUCAUAGCUCUUGUCGUCUCCGGUAUAUGCCUCUGCUUGCUGCUAGUGCGAAAGAGACAAAAACCCUGCAUGACCUUGAAAAAGGUCCCAGUUGACACAGAACUGAAGGCACAGCAGCUAUCGUGAGAGUGGUUAAAAGUGAUAGGUAAUAGAACUUAAAAACUGGUGGUAACGUUGGUGAAAGAAAGGUGAAAGAUUAACUUAAGUUGUUGCGAAUAUUGUUGAACUACUUGUGUGAACGAGGAGCUUUCCAAGUCAAGUUCCCUAAUGAAUAUAUAGAUGGCACUCUACAGUCAUGAGUAAUAUAAUGUACCCACUUUAGAACCCUGUCGCGCUAUCAUAUUUGACAUUUAGUGAGACUUCCAGUUUAAUUUGUCAAAAAAGUUAAUGUGGCAUGGUAUCAAAGUGUAUACAUAUUAGUACUCGUGACCGUACGUAUAACGUUGCGUUCAUUCAACCUUCUAAUUCCAUGGAUUUCAGACAUAUGCAUCUUUUAUCUUUGUUUUUGAGUCUGCUACUUAUCGGAUAAAAUAUGGAUCAACGGGAAAGUAGGUAAUUAUCUCGCAGGAAUUAUACAACACCAUCUAAAUUUUUUUUGAGGAACUUGCCUUAAAAUGUCCCUCAUUGACUAGACAUCUUGCCAUUUUUCCUAUGGGUUCUAAGGUCAAUGACCGACUUCACCAAUCUGGCGGCAGUGUUAUUAAGUCGAGUCUCUUGGCAUGGCUUGUAACGACUGCGUAAAUACAUACCUAUAGUAAACUGAAACUGAACGCUUGAAGUGUUUUUAAAAAAACCGAACCGUUUUCUUAGCAAUCAGCUGAUCCUUGAAGGAUGUCUUUGACCUCAAGACCAUAGAGACAUGUUUAAUGUACCAACUAAACGCAAGUAGAGUUUGCUUUCCAACGAGGUAAAUAUUGGGUGAAUUUAUGCCACCGGAAGUACGGAUAAAUUCGGUUGUGCAAAUAUUUGAAAAAACGGGUAAUUUUUCUUUUAGACUGAUUUACGAAUUAAGAAUUACAUAACAAAAAGUACGUUUGACGUUUAUUGAAGACGUCAUAUGUGUGUAUUUCUGUAAAAAAUCCAUAGGAAUAUCGUUUUGUACUUUCGGUGCCGAAAAUUCAUCCAGUUCAUUCGCACGAGUUGUUACAAUCAAAACCAAAGUGACAGUGAACAGGUGCAGUAAGUGUUAGUUUAAGGAGUUUAUUUAGUAGGAAUAUGCCAGGCAUUUUUAAAUCAUGGUAAACAAUUAUUAAUUGAUUGCGUUACGCGUGAUUAUAAAACUAUCCCUUUACGUACAGUCAUGAGCAAUAUAAUGUACUCACUUUAGGACUCUGUCGCACUAACAUAUUUGACAUUUAGUGAGACUUACAGUUCAAUUUGUCAAAAAAGUUAGUGUGACAUGGUACCAAAGUGUAUACAUAUUAUUGCUCGUGACCGUACCUCAAUUGGUUGUUAAUUGAUUUCCAAAUCGGUUCGGGGUUUGAAAAGGUUACGUUGAUUAUUUCGUGUAAGUAAUAAAUGUAAUGUAACCUAUUUGCAACAUCACUUUUGAAAUAAAAAAUGUAUUUUAAAUUAGAAUAAAUUGAUAUAAAUUAUAAUAUUUAAAAUUUAUUAUUUAGCGAAAGGAGAUUGACCAGAAGUGGUCCAAACGUCUACCACUAACGAGGCCUGUUUACCGAAAUAGGUUACUAAAUACUAAAUCGCAGUCAAAAAUAUGCUGUCAGUAAAAAGUUUAUGGUUUUGUGAAGAAUCGUGUUUUUUAACCCUUUCACGGACAGAGAACAUGGGUCAAUGAUGGUUCAUAAUAGGUAAUAUGACACAUUGGGAUCGGAACGUCAUUUGACGUUCUGUCCUUGAAAGAGGGGCAAACAUAUUCUUUACUGAUGCAUAUUUUUUUUACUGCAGUUUGGAAUGUAUUACUCAGUAUUUAGUGACCUAUUUCGGUAAACAAGCCUCGUCGGUGGUGGAUAUUUAGACCAUGUCCCAUACAACUUUGGUCAAUCUUCAUUAUUUCAUUUCAUUUAGACAUUUGCGCACUUAAGCCAAGUAAUUUGCUUUUUUAAGUGAAAUCAUAGAUUUACUAAUGAAAUGCUCAGUGUGGCAUUUUUAAACCCUUUAUUUAGAAGCUGAGAAUCAGUUUAAUAAUCCAAUAUGGCAUUUCUGAACAGAAUCUGUUUUUAGCAUUAUUAUUUUUAUAUAUAUUUUUUAAUCUUAUUUAUUAGAAUAAAUGCAACGGCUGCCACUGCCAUCGCAACACGUAUGCGUGGUGCGAAGAUACGGUCCUGCUCGUUUAGAGACAGUUUCCUCGCGCGGUUUAUGCCUCGCACGGCAAAUGCCUCGCGCGGAAAAUGCCUCGCGCGGCAAAUGCCUCGCGCGGCAAAUGCCUCGCACGGAAAAUGUCUCACGCAGCAAAUGCCUCGCGCGGCACAUGCCUCGCGAGACUGUCCACUUAGUGUAGACGCGUCUAAUGCCUUGGAAAAGCACAUCCCAGAUGUGUAAAUUUUGCUCAAAAUAUUCUAUAAAAUUUAUAUUUUUAUAUAUAUUUGCAUUUUAUUAUUGAAUGUUAUUUCUCAUUUAUUUUUUAUGAAUAUAUUAUGGGAAAGUAUUUCAUAUACCAUAUCAUAAAACAUUAUUAUCAUGAUACAAAUAUAAUAGUUUAAUAAGAUUAAAUAUUCAUAUUUUAAGUGGGUGUUAUAAUUUUAAAGCAAAGUAUAUUAUAAAUAAAUGUUACCUAUAUUAUAUUUUUGUAUUCUAUUUAGUACGUGAAUUACUUAAAAAUUAAUUAAAAUAUGUAAAAUAUAGAAUCUACUUUAUAUAGGCUGUGUUGAAUAAAAAUAGACGGAAUUAUGUAAUAAGAUAUAAAAAUAUUCUAAAAUCUAUAUUUCCUACUUAAUUUAGUAUGACGCAUAAUAUAUUUCUUUUUAUUAUGACCAUGACACGCGCCUGAAGUAGGUAAAGAGUUUUAUACAUAAUUAUAUUGGUAUAUACGUCGGAAGAUGACUUAGUUAUGAACAAAUUAAAAAAAUAAGACCGCUACUUAUCAAAAAUAAAAUAAGUAUUUUUAAUAAAAAAAGAUUCGAUUUUUGUAAUCUUUAUAAGUAAUCCAGGGUAUUAAUACAAAUAAUACUUGACAAAAGACUUCAAAAAAAUGGACGUUUUUAAUUUGGCCCGUAUGUGCGUAAUUAAAUUACUAUAUAUUAUUCCUGAAAAAAAAAACCGCAAAAAUUAUAACAGCAAAAACUGCAUAAAAAAUAUUCAGUGAUACGCCAGAGUGUUACCCAAUAAUCGACUGAAUCUCGAUUAAUAAUCGAUUAUAUUCUAAACCCCUUACAACGCCAUCUAUAUUUGUUUGCGGAACGUGGCCUAGAAAGUCCCGCAUUCUCAUUAUCCCUCUAGCAUUAUCACAUUUUUCACAGGGUCCGCUUACCUAACCUGAAGAUUUGACAGGUCCGGUUUUUUACAGAAGCGACUGCCUGUCUGACCUUCCAACCUGCGAAGGGAAAACCAGCUCAACACAGGUUAGGUCACAUACCUCCGAAAAUCUCGGGAACGUGGGUAUAUUCUAAACCCCUUAAUAAUCGAUAUUUAGAUUCUUUAUCGAUAAUCGAUUAUUCGGCAACACUUGAGACAUAUUUGAUGACAGACCUCAUUUAAUAAUGUACUUAUAAUGAUUUUGUUUAAUCAUAUCAAAUGGGUACGUAUUUGAAUAUCUAAAAUUGAAAUACUUUACGUAAACAUACCUACGUUCAGAAUCCCUAAAAUCAUUAUACCUAAUGGUUUUUCUAAUUAAAUUCAAAAUACCGCAAGUUUAAAAUGUCAAAUGGAUUAUGCUACCUAAGUUCAUAAAGCUAAAACUUGAAAUAUCUACGUUUAAAAUCCCUUAAAUUGAUGUACCUCAAAGUUUAUUGACCUAAAUUCAAAAUACUGUUAGUAUGUGAAGAUCAAAAGGUAUAAGCAAAAAGAAACACGACCUAUUACAGUAUUAAAUUUUAAUCAACAUAAUGGUUAUCAAAAAUAAAAGUGUAAUUUUCUACUUAGUAAUACAAAGGUACAGAAAUAAUACAGUACACUAAAGUACGAUAAUAACCAACAAAAAUUACAACUCCGAUGAUAAUUAUACGAUAAUUGACUUAUCUUAUAAAUCAAAUUAUUAUUUAAAUUAAACCUAACAUAUUAAUCAUUACAGAUUUUCUGCAAUAGCUCGCAAUAGAUCCACGUGGCUGUAUUCAGGAAUUUUUUUUAAUAUGUUGUCAAUUUUUCUCAACUUGUAAUGACCUUUUCUCAUCCGUUUUUUUGGUACUGCUUUUUUGCUCGCGGCGCCCGAACUACUAUUUAAGAAAAACGCUCACGAGUGAUGCAUCAUUUAGGUAUUUUGACCACUGGGUAUUUUAAACGUUGGUGUUAUAACUGUAGAUAUUUUAUUACAUUAGACAUUUAGUCCAUUAGUUUUUUUAAACUUAGGUACUUAUUUUAUAAGUCGGCGUUAUAAGCUAAGGUAUUAUAAACCAUUAGGUAUAAUGAUUUUAGGGAUUCUGAACGUAGGUAUUUUACGUAAAGUAUUUCAAUUUUAGAUAUUCAAAUACGUACCCUAUCAAAUUGAUGUAUCAUUAUCCUAAAAAAACUAUAAGAUCCGUUAGACUAUUUUAAGGAUACCACACGUAAACACGUUACGGCGUCGCAACGUGCCUCGAUGUACAUGACGAUUUAGCAAUUGUGACUUUUUUAAUAAGUUAUAAAUUUUUAAAAUUGCGCCACCGAAAUUAAUUAAAAAUAUAAUAUACAAAAAUGCACCCGUUUACGCGCGUGAGUCCUUAGGUAUGGUAUGUGACAUAAUUUUACUUAAGUACAUUUAAGGGUAUGAUUGUUAAGGGGAAAAUGAAUUGGAAAUCUAUGUAAGUAAGUGAGUAUACGUAAUUGUAAUUAAACCUAAAUUGCGCGCAGUAAAGCGUUUUUAAAAAAACAAACGGACUAUGACUUAAUUAUAAAGUCUAGGCGCACGCGCCGAAGUCACCUAAUUUGCGGGAAAAUGGCGGUCGCGCGACGUUGCAUACGAUGUCAAUCAAAGAUUUGUAAAACGCGAAAAUUUCGGCGCGUGCGGUUCGUGUAGCUACGCGUUUACCUAUAGCAGGUACUUAUUGUCCUGUCCAACUUAUACCUAAAUCAGAGCCUCAAAAAACACAUGCCAACAGGCUUUCAAACAGUAACUAAUUUAAAAUUAACUAUGGUAAUAGGAACUAAUUUUGUAAAAUUAUUCAGUUUUAAUUUUGUCUGAAUCCAUUGUGCCUUGAGAAUAUAAAGAUGAGAUUGCUGUUGACUUAAAUGUGUUAGAAAUAAAAGAAUGUUGAUAUGA